AUGGCUGCUUAUCCUACGCGUAUCGAAACUACAUUGAAAGGACAUAAAGGUCCUGUGAAUGACGUAUGCUAUAAUAAAUCAGGCCAGUAUUGUUUAUCUGCUGGUCGAGAUCGUUCGAUUCGUUUAUGGAAUCCUUCUACAGGACUCUUGUUACAUACAUACAAUGGCCAUGGAAGAGAUGUACUUGCUAUUGCUUGUGCUUCUGAUAACGCCAAGAUUGCAAGUGGUGGUGUGGAUCGAAGUGUGCUGUUAUGGGAUGUAGGCACAGGUGAAAUCAUGAGACGCUAUACAGCUCAUUGGGAACGUAUUAAUUCAGUUGCAUUCAAUGAUGACUCGACUGUACUAGUCAGUGGUUCUUUUGAUGCCACUGUUCGUUUAUGGGAUUUACGUUCUUCAAAUUUUCAACCUAUUCAAGUAAUUGAAGAUUGUAAAGACAGUGUUAUGUCUGUGGAUGUGCAAGGCGUAGAAAUAGUAGCAGGUUGUGCAGAUGGUAAAUUACGGACAUACGAUAUCCGAAUGGGCGACUUAAAAGAAGACUAUAUUGGACCUGCUAUUACAAGUGCAAGGCUGUCCAAAGAUAAACACUGUAUUCUUGUAGGCACAUUAGACAGUACAAUGAGACUGAUGGACAAGAGUAAUGGUCGACUGCUCAAUGAAUUCAAAGGCCAUCAACAUACUGAAUACAAGAUUGAUUCUGUCAUGUCAAAUACAGAUGCAUAUGCUAUUACAGGUUCCGAGGAUGGUCAAAUCUAUAUUUAUGAUGUAUUAGAAGCCAAUGUUGUCCAUACACUGAAAGCACAUGAAGGUGUAGCCACUACACUGGAUUAUCACCCAGACAGUGUGAAUAUGAUAUCAGCGGGAUCUGAUGGCUUGAUCCAUAUUUACGGGACUUCAUAG